UCGAAAAUAAAAACCCAUUUGAAGGUUUACGUACAGAGGAUUCGCGAGGAAGAAGGAAAAAUGGCGGAGGUUUUAGCCGGAGUAUCUCAGGCGUCUUUAGUUUUCCGGCCACGAGUCAGUGGAGCUCUCAGGAGCAACAAAUUUUCCGUUAGACGCCUUCAAUUUCAAUCUACAAUCGGUAGAGGAAUUUCCUUUGAUUGUAAGAGAGUAGUAUCUGCUAUCCGUGCGACCGAUUCCAAAAAUGAAGACAUUGACAUUUAUCCAGACACUACUGUUGGUGACUCUUCCGAUAAAGGGAUUGGAGGAGGUGGUAGCGGCGGAGGUAAAGGUGGUAGAGGCGAUAAUGAUGGUAAUAGCGGGGAGGAAGAGGAAUCUAACGCCAAUAGCCGGAAGAAUGCUUUGUCAAUGUCGCAGAAAUUAACUCUUGGAUAUGCUGCACUAGUAGGAGUUGGUGGCUUAAUGGGAUAUCUGAAAGGUGGUAGCCAAAAGUCACUAUUGGCAGGGGGAGUCUCAGCCUCACUGUUACUUGUUGUCUUUAAACUACUCCCCAGCAACCCUGUUCUUGCAUCAUCCUUGGGUCUUGGCCUUUCUGCUUCACUAUUGGUAGUAAUGGGAUCUCGUUUCAAGAACUCGGGGAAGAUAUUUCCAGCCGGUAUCGUAUCUCUCGUGUCACUUGUAAUGACUGGAGGUUACAUGCAUGGAAUUUUACGUAGCUCGCAUUGAAUGUAAUACAUUGGAGUUCGAAAAAUAAACCUUCGGUUAAGUUCGGUUCCUUUCACUCCUAAUGUUUGAAAAAAAACUGGUGGCGGCUUCCUCGAGCCAUGCCUUGUGAUAGCAUAAGCUGUAAUCGGCGGAUGUGCUUGUUUUUGUAUAACCUCUUUUUGUCUUUUGAUCGGAGUUUUAGGUCUGUGAAAUUGAUUUUGAUGUACCUUCAACUUUGUUCUUCAGGUAUCUUUAUUUAGCCAUAUGAACAAGAGUGUAGAUUAUUAGACCUUUGAAUGUUCAAAGGUUUAAGGAACCAGAGUUCUUGUUCUUGUGCAUCCCUUUUAAGAAGAUUUUCCUUUUUAGUGGA